AUGGUUAAGCGAUUACGGUUGCCGGACAAGGGAGCUGGGAGGUUUUAUUUGUUCUAUAGUGGAUCAAAUGGGCAGACCACAAAUGAGCUAGGGAUUAUAUCAUCGGUUGGAAUGAAGGAAAAUGUGAUCAGUGUUAGUAAAAGUGGCAGAAUAAUGCGAGUAAAAUUAUUCCUCGAAGAGACAGUGAACAUCGUGAGUGCAUAUGUUCCUCAGGUAGGCUGUGAGGAAGAGGAGGAGGAAGUUUUCUGGAGGGAUUGGAGAGCAGAAUUGGAGGAGGUGGAGGCAGGAGAGAGAGUGAUCACUGGUGGUGACCUAAAUGAGCAUAUAGGCAUCAACAGAGCACAUGCCAUGGGGAUCGCAGGUGAUGGCUUGGCCUUUGCCACCCAUGCCCAGAAGCAAACAAGGGGAACGACAGUAUACGACAUAAAAGUGGGAAUAGAGAGAGCCAAUUUGACAUCAUCCUAUGUAGACGGCAACACCUAA